UUUUCUGCCCAGUGCCCAUGUCUAUCUCUCUCUUUUUCCUGCGACCCGCGUCUCCGUCAAAAGGCUUUGCCACCCACCGUGCAUGUUAACCAUGAGCGCCGGCUGAUUAUGACUGCAAAUUCUAACCAGUUCUCUAUGCGUUCGGCUUCGGCUUCUGUCAGGGCCCGUUCGAGCAGCCGCUUGCAACCUUGCAUUAGGAAUAUCUCUGAUGAAAUAAAUCACGAGUACGGAGAUAUUCCCAACGUAAGGCUUUAAAGAUUGUUGGCACGGGCUUUGCCCUGACCAGACCUGACCGAAGCCGGGACUCGUUCUCUAUACCUUUUAUUUAAAGUUUUUAAGCUAAGACAAAGAGCAAAGAAGAUCCCUUGAGAUUCUAAGGUAUCGUUAGAGCUCUGCAUCAUCCCUCUUUCUCUAUCUUAUUGACGCCAAAGUUAUUAAAGAGAAGAAGAUAAGAAAAGACAUGGGCGGGGCGAUUGAGGAGGAUGAACGGGAAUUGACGCCGGAGAUUAAGAUGCGAUUUCCAAUCAGCGAAGGAGACGUUGACAGAGAAGGGGAAGAGAUUUUCGUCCCUCCUCUCAACUUUGCCAUGGUCGACAGUGGCGUCUUCCGUUCUGGAUUCCCAGAUACAGCGAACUUUUCCUUCUUACAGACCCUCGGUCUUCGUUCAAUCAUAUAUCUUUGCCCGGAACCUUAUCCGGAACCUAACACCGAGUUUCUUAAGUCGAACGGGAUUCGUCUUUUCCAGUUUGGGAUUGAAGGGUGUAAGGAACCUUGGGUUAACAUUCCAGAGGAUAUGAUUCGUGAAGCACUAAAAGUCGUCCUUGAUUCAAGGAACCGCCCGCUUUUAAUUCAUUGCAAAAGAGGGAAGCACCGGACUGGUUGCCUCGUGGGAUGCUUAAGGAAAUUGCAGAGGUGGUGUUUAUCUUCAAUCUUUAAUGAGUACCAACGUUUUGCUGCGGCAAAAGCUAGAGUUUCAGAUCAGAGGUUCAUGGAGUUAUUUGAUGUUUCCAGCUCGAAAAACCUGCCAACUUCGUUUUCAUGCUCAAAGAGGUGACAAACUCGUUAUCAAAGGGAAUUUGACGAGCUCCAUGACGUUGAUCUACUUUGGCCAAAAUAAGCAGCGGAGUAAGUUUUUAACUCGGCCGGUAACAAGGGAUAUGCACCGUGUGGCGGUGGCCACCGCCAACCGGCAAGCCAUUCUUUCCUUUUUCCAAGCUUAGAUUAGAUAUCGCAUUUGCUGUUACAACUUGCAUGGACAUAAAGACCACUGUUAGAAUAUCAGUCAUCGUUGGUUUAUCAGCGGUCAAGUUAAUCAUGUUUAAUCCACAUGAUUACCUAUUUAUUCGUGAUUUUAACAUGUUGAGAGAUGGGAUUUCUGAAAAGGCUCAUAAUUAUGUAAAUUGAAUCCGAUAAGCUCAAGGCAAGCAUGCAGAUCAGACCUUUAAUCAUGUUCACCGGCUUGCGUUGUUUCAAAUCCGCUAGCCAUUUACCGAAUGUACAAGUGACAAGCGCUUAGAUGUAUCAAGGUAUGGUCCCUAUAAGCUAGAUAGAAUAUUGGGGAAAUAGAAACAAUUCGUGGGGACCAGGCAUACCAGGAUAAGAUCAAGAAAAUGUACCAAGAUUGUAGAACAUAUUAGCGUGAGAAAUCCUUACUGUCAAAGAGAGGAUUGAUGGCUAUUACAGUUUCUCAGAAAAUUAACAGAUUUCGAGACAUGAUAUUUUUUUCCUUGUUGAUAUUGGUGAAAUAGUUCCUCAUAUCAUGAACCAACAAGGAGUGUAACAACAGUGCCAACUUUGGGAGAGACGGCGAAUACGAGACUGGUUUAGCAGAACCAAAAGUAAUAGAGAAGGGAAGGACACCUUCAUUCUACAGAGAAUAUCUCGAAUCCUGCCGAUGAUUAAAAUAAACUCAAGGAUGAGAAUGGAAGAGCGCAUCAGUCAUAUGAGGGUAAUCUCUUCACAUUGGAUGUGCAUUUCCAAAUCUGUUCAAAGUGAAGAUUGAAUAAAAGACACAUCAUCUGCACUCAUCCACAACGUCGCAUACCAGACAUCAGAUGAAAAACCCUAAAAUAAGUGAAGGGAAAAAUGGCAGAAUUAAUAAGGAAGGAAAA